CCCUCCCCCCACCCCGAGAGGGGGCGGGGCGGCCCGGGAAGGUGGCGGAGAGGGAGCUCCCGGCGCCUCCGCGCUCGCUCCCGCCGGGGACUCACGGCGCGGCCGAGGCGGGGCGGCGCCCUCCGGCAGCGAGCGCGGCUCUCCUCCGGGACCUGCGCCGGCGCGGGAGGGGCGCGCGGGGAGGGCAGAGCGCGCGGGCGGGAAGGGGCGGGGAGCGCGCUCCUGCGGCGGCGGCGGCGGCGGCGGCGGCGGCUGUCCUCAUCCCGGCGGCCCAGCGCUCGAGUGGACGCGGGGCUUCGCAAAUGGCUUGUCCCGCUCUCGGUCUGGAAGCUCUUCAGCCCCUGCAGCCCGAACCGCCCCCCGAGCCCGCCUUCUCCGAGGCGCAGAAGUGGAUCGAGCAAGUAACCGGCAGAAGUUUUGGUGAUAAAGAUUUUCGGACUGGGUUAGAAAAUGGAAUUCUUCUCUGCGAGUUGCUGAAUGCUAUAAAGCCAGGACUUGUUAAAAAGAUCAAUAGAUUGCCUACCCCCAUUGCAGGAUUGCUGAAUCAUGAAAUUAAAAGUUCCCCUUAUGAAAUCAAAAUGGUCGCUGCUGAGAGUCUUCCAGAGACCUCUAUUUUGCCUGCGUUGGGCAGUAGGAGAUACAAAUGUGAGGACAAUAUCAUCUUAUUCUUGAGAGGCUGUAAAGAGCUGGGUCUUAAAGAAUCUCAACUUUUUGACCCGAGUGACCUACAGGAUACGUCCAACAGAGUAACAAUCAAGAGCCUUGAUUAUAGUAGGAAGCUGAAAAAUGUGUUGGUGACCAUUUACUGGCUGGGAAAAGCAGCCAACAGCUGUGCAUCGUAUAGUGGAACGACACUGAACCUGAAGGAGUUCGAAGGCUUGCUGGCUCAGAUGAGAAAGGAGACGGAUGACAUUGAGAGUCCUAAACGUAGCAUCCGAGACAGUGGCUACAUUGAUUGCUGGGACUCGGAGCGCAGCGACUCCCUCUCUCCCCCUCGGCACGGCAGAGAUGAUUCCUUCGACAGCCUGGACUCCUUCGGCUCCCGUUCCCGGCAGACGCCUUCGCCAGAUGUAGUCCUCAGGGGAAGCAGCGAUGGGAGAGGAAGUGACUCUGAAUCUGACUUGCCACAUCGGAAGUUGCCAGAUGUGAAGAAGGAUGACAUGUCUGCGAGGCGGACUUCCCAUGGUGAGCCGAAAUCAGCCGUGCCUUUUAACCAGUACCUCCCGAACAAAAGCAAUCAGACGGCAUAUGUCCCCGCUCCUCUGAGAAAGAAGAAAGCAGAGCGAGAGGAAUAUCGGAAGAGCUGGAGUACCGCCACCUCCCCCCUGGGUGGGGAGAGGCCUUUCAGCUAUCCUGAAACAAUAGAGGAAGAGGGAAGUGAAGUGGGGUCUUGUGAAGAGGACCCCGUCGUCCAGAUGGAUCCUGGUGGGAAGUCUUCUGAUGGUGGGUUAGAGUUACCCACUAGCAGUGGUAAGGAGCAGCCUUCUCCAGAGGCGGCUGUGGUGGCACCAGCUCCCAAUUCUGAAGAAAAAGAUGCUGCUGAGAUCCAAAAGCACAGAAGGCUAGAGCAAGCUGGAAUCAAGGUCAUGCCAGCAGCACAGCGCUUUGCCAGUCAAAAGCAAUUAAGUGAUGAGAAAGAAGCUGUUCGCGAUAUUAUCCUUCGCAAAGAAAACCCUUUCCUGACCCACCAACACGGCAAAGAUUCGGAGUCAGAAGAUGAAGCUGCACGUCGACUGCCUGAUCUUGAGAAAGAUGACUUUGCUGCAAGAAGAGCAAGGAUGAACCAGACCAAGCCAAUGGUGCCACUGAAUCAACUCCUCUAUGGGCCCUACCCAAAAAAAGAGGUGAAGAAAUCAGAUGGCAGCAGACAGCUCUCAAAGGGAACCUCAGAAAAGAAAAGUCUAGAAUAUAAAAGAAGUCAGGGCCAAACAGAAGAGGUGAAGUCGAUGGUGACCUGUAUUAUGCGGGCUCAGGAGAGUGAACCUGCGGAAGAGGGACUCAGGAAGGUGCCAGAUCUUUACAAGGAUGACCUGGCGCAGCGGAGAAUUCAGGGCAGCCUUGCCCCUCACCGUGAGGCCCCGAGCUUUGUCACAGUCUCCAAAAUAACAGAAGCCGACUUGGAGACGUGGGAGAGACUGAAAGUGUCAGGAAAGACGAGGGAUGGAGGUGUUGAGCACAUCUGUGCCCCUGAACCUUCACCAGAAAUUAAAGCAGAGACUGCCAUCCGUGAUGACUUUGCCAGCCGCAAAGCAAGGGCCUAUAAGACAGCUGCCAGCCCCAGGCAGAAGUUUGUGCACUUUGGACCAGUAACAGAGAUAGAUCAGCAGAAAUGGAAGCGUCUCAGCAUUGGCAAGGCCGGGCCUAGGGAGGAUGCAGAAGUCAUCAGUCAUGGCAGCAAGAUUCAACCUUACUCUGUGUCCUCCGCCGCAGCGGCCACGUCUAGCUUAGAGGAAGACCGAACACUUAAUUCACAAAAUGACCUCAGAAUAGUGACUUCUGGCAUAGAUGACUAUUGCAAAAGGGUCUCACGGCUGGCUCCUGUGCUGGAGUCCCAGGAGGAACAUGUCUGCAGUUUGGGCGAGGGCCCACCAGAGGAAGUUACAUGCAAACAGCUGCCACAGGACAGCAAAGAAGAGAAUGAAGGAGUUGCUCAAAGAGAUUCUGAGAUGCUGCCAAAGGCUGAGAGAUCUGAGGAGAGCAGCCAGCCACUUUCGUGUCCUCUGGCCUCUGAAUGGGAGGCUUCGGAGAAAGAAGAGAGCUCAGAGAAGGUGACAGCUCCUGCCUGGAGUGGCAGUGGACUAAGAGGCCAAAGAAAGUUGUAUGAUUCACAAAAAGAUGACAUGAUGGCCAGGAGAACUGGCAUGUCUUUUAGACACACUGGAUCCAACCCAAACCAGUUCCUUCCGGUUCCAUUUGCAAAGCGACAAGAUGUGGAAGAAUCUGCCAAAGUUCCACCAAUGAAAGAUAAGAGAUACGGUCUGAGAACUCCUGUGUCUGAUGACGCAGAGAGCACGAGUAUGUUUGACAUGCGGUGUGAGGAGGAGGCCGCGGUGCAGCCGCACAGCAGGGCCCGCCAGGAGCAGCUGCAGCUGAUAAAUAACCAGCUGCGGGAAGAGGACGACAAAUGGCAAGAUGACCUGGCUCGUUGGAAGAGCCGUAGAAGAAGUGCUUCUCAGGACUUAAUCAAGAAAGAGGAAGAAAGGAAAAAAAUGGAGAAAUUACUGGCUGGCGAGGAUGGGACAAGGGAACGAAGGAAAAGCAUCAAAACCUACAGAGAAAUUGUUCAAGAAAAAGAGCGGAGAGAGAGGGAGUUGCAUGAGGCGUAUAAGAACGCACGGUCCCAGGAGGAGGCUGAGGGGAUCCUUCAGCAGUACAUCGAGAGGUUCACCAUCAGUGAGGCUGUUCUUGAACGCUUGGAGAUGCCAAAAAUUCUGGAAAGAAGCCAUUCAACAGAGCCAAACUUAUCCUCCUUCGUGGACGACCCCAACCCCAUGAAAUACCUGCGGCAACAGUCACUGCCUCCACCUAAAUUCACUGCCACUGUGGAAACCACCAUCACUCGUCCCAGCGUUCUGGAUACCAGCAUGUCAGCAGGCAGUGGGUCUCCAAGCAAAACUGUAACUCCCAAAGCAGUGCCUAUGCUGACGCCCAAGCCUUACUCCCAGCCCAAAAACUCUCAAGAGGUUCUGAAGACCUUUAAGGUAGAUGGGAAAUUCAACAUGAAUGGAGAAAUGGUUCAUGGCGAUGAGGAGGAGAAGGAAAGAGAGUGUCCCACAGUGGAGCUGGCCCCCUCGUUAACCAAAUCCCAGAUGUUUGAAGGUGUGGCCAAAGUGCAUGGGUCCCCCGUGGAGCUGAAACAAGACAGCAAUAGCAUCGAGAUCAACAUAAAGAAGCCAAAUUCUGUUCCCCAAGAACUGAUGGCAACCACUGAGGAAACUGAACUGAACAGUCAAGAAGAUGAGAAUGAUGGUGAAAAAACAGAAAAAGGGAAUACAGAACUUGCCUCAUCAGAGCCACAGCAUUUUACAACCACUGUGACUCGAUCCAGCCCGACUGUGGCCUUUGUGGAGUUUCCCUCCAGCCCCCAGCUGAAGAACGACGUGCCAGAAGAAAAAGACCAGAAGAAACUGGAAAAUGAAAUGAGCGGAAAGGUGGAAUUGGUGCUGUCACAAAAGGUGGUAAAGCCAAAAUCUCCAGAGCCAGAAGCAACCCUGACGUUUCCAUUUCUGGACAAAAUGCCUGAAACCAACCAAUUACAUUUGCCAAAUCUCAAUUCUCAAGUGGAUUCUCCAGGCAGUGAAAAGUCCCCUGUAACUACACCUUUUAAGUUCUGGGCAUGGGACCCAGAAGAGGAGCGCAGGCGACAGGAAAAAUGGCAACAGGAGCAGGAACGUUUGCUCCAGGAGAGAUACCAGAAGGAGCAGGACAAGCUGAAAGAAGAAUGGGAAAAGGCCCAAAAGGAGGUGGAAGAGGAAGAACGCAGAUACUAUGAGGAGGAGCGCAAGAUAAUUGAAGACACUGUGGUUCCAUUUACUAUUUCUUCAAAUUCUGCAGACCAGUUGUCUACAUCCUCCUCCAUGACUGAAGCCAGUGGGACAGUGAAUAAGAUGGACUUGGAAAACUGUCGAGAGGAAGAAGAGACAAGACAGAAGAAACCAUUCCAGGAGGACAACAAUGAUUUAUUGCUUAAGACUAGAGAAGGUGAUCCAGUGGAGGAAAAGGGCAGCCUAACUCAAGGGGCCUUGACUCAUUCUGAGAACCCCGGAUCAAAAGGAAUCCAUCAGGGUGAUCAGUGGGAUGCAGAAGCUGGGUCCCCACCCUGUGGGGUGAACCCACAGCUAGCUCAGGAUCCAUCCCAGAAUCAGCCGGUAUCAAACCCACCGAUGCACAUUCUAGAAGAUGUGAAGCCAAAAACUCUCCCAUUGGAUAAAAGCAUUAACCAUCAGAUUGAGUCUCCAAGUGAAAGGCGGAAGAAAAGCCCUCGAGAGAACUUCCAGGCGGGCCACUUGUCCCCCUGUUCUCACACCCCUCCUGGCCAGUCACCAACCAGGUCUAUAAGUGGGAAGAAACUGUGCUCUUCCUGUGGGCUUCCUUUGGGGAAAGGAGCUGCAAUGAUCAUCGAGACCCUCAAUCUCUAUUUUCACAUCCAGUGCUUUAGGUGUGGAAUUUGUAAAGGACAGCUUGGAGAUGCAGUCAGUGGGACGGACGUUAGGAUUCGAAAUGGUCUUCUAAACUGUAAUGAUUGCUACAUGCGAUCCAGAAGUGCUGGCCAACCCACAACGUUGUGACUUGGUUUUCAAGCUUCCAGAUCACUCACCAUUUCUUUAUUGAGAGUGUCCUCUGGCAAUCGUUUAACAAAAUCCCAACUUCAGGGACUUCUCAUUAUUCAUCAUCUAAUUUCUGAAAGGCUAUUCUAAAAGAUGGUAUCUGUUCUUUUGUAGCACAGUGUUUGUUUUGUUUUUCCUGGUUUUUUUUUUUUUUUUUUGCAUUUGCACAGUAUAUACAAAAGAAUAUUGAAUUGUAAUGGUCCUGAAUAGUUCAAAAAAAGGUCUUAGCAUGGUCAAACAGGCUUACGGUUUAAAAAGUGUUAUUCUCUUCUUUGGGGAUUAAUGAGAUAAAUGAUGCAAUGAAUCUGUUUUGUUUUAGUAUUUCUAGGAAUUAAACACUUUAUGUUUACAGAAUCGAGCCGCAGAAAGUGCAAGACAUGCCAAUUUGAGACGUGGUCUUCUAAGACAGGAGCAUACAAUUAAUGCAUUUCAGAAACUAAAAAUCACACCAUAUAGCACUGAGCUAUAACUUGUUUUUAAUGCAAAGAUGCUAGUCUGAUAAUAUAUACUGUAAUCCUGAAACAUUUGUGUUACUUACCUUUUGAAGUAGAAAUCAUACCAAUAAAUUAUUGCACCGUUA